AUCUCUUGAUUGUUGAUAUAACAAAAUCUUCUUAGCAAGCAUUUCUUUUUGUUGAAGUGUUUUUGUGGUGAUGUUAGGGCAAAUAACAGAUGCUAUGGGCCGUGAAAAGGGCAAAUAUACUCUCGUUAAAGAUUUGGAACACUCCCAACUUGGGACUUAUGACAAGCCCCUUCCAUGCUUUGGCUGUGGGAUUGGAUGGUUUUCAUUUCUUUUAGGGUUUGUGUUCCCACUUCUUUGGUACUAUGCGACGAUUCUCUAUUUUGGAAAUUACUACCGCAGGGAUCCUAGGGAGCGAGCAGGACUAGCAGCCUCAGCAAUUGCUGUAAUUACUCUCUCUCUCUCUCAACCUUAUGAUGGCACUGGCUUUUACUGUAGUGUUGUUCAUCGUUGCAGCUAUUCUUUUCUUUUAGUCCCGGUGGCUCCAGUCUCAAAAUGCUACUAAACACCUUUGCGAGCAUCAAUAACUGAAGUGGGAUUGCGAGGACAUGUAGAUAACACAGCAGAAGAGAAAGGGGAAAAAAGAUAGUCCCAAGACUGCCCCCCAAGAAAAAUUGAGAUUAGAUGAUAAAAUCCAAUACUACUUGUUUCAAAAUGUUUUGAAUUAUAUGGACAAAUAGAAGAGAAUUUGUUUACAUGUAAACUAGACACAAGUUUUCAUAAAUAUAUAUUUGAUAGUUCAUUUGAAGCU